AUGGCCGCUCCCGUUGCCCCCGGCGCUGUCGACCAGCUUGCCGCUGAUCUUGGCAACACUAGCCUCGGCGGCGGUGACAACCGCGCCGCCCCUGCCAUCAACACCAACGUGGCUCCUGGAGAGUACCAGACUGCCGACCCCGAUACGGCUGGGCCGACCCCGAGCUCGGCUGCUCCCCACCCUCAGUCUUCGGCCUCCCUCUACGUCGGCGAGCUGGACCCGUCUGUGACCGAGGCCAUGCUCUUCGAGCUGUUCUCCCAGAUCGGCUCUGUCGCUUCGAUUCGUGUCUGCCGUGAUACCAUUACCCGCCGCUCCCUCGGCUAUGCCUAUGUCAACUACAAUUCGACCUCGGAUGGCGAGAAGGCCCUCGAGGAGCUCAAUUACACUCUCAUCAAGGGCCGCCCCUGCCGCAUCAUGUGGUCCCAGCGCGACCCCGCUCUGCGCAAGACUGGCCAGGGCAACGUCUUCAUCAAGAACCUCGACGUCGCCAUUGAUAACAAGGCUCUCCACGACACUUUUGCUGCUUUCGGUAACAUUUUGAGCUGCAAGGUUGCCCAGGACGAGAACGGCAACUCCAAGGGUUAUGGUUUCGUGCACUACGAGACCGACGAGGCCGCCGCCCAGGCCAUCAAGCACGUCAACAACAUGCUCCUGAACGAGAAGAAGGUUUACGUCGGCUAUCACAUCCCCAAGAAGGAUCGUCAGAGCAAGUUCGAGGAGAUGAAGGCCAACUUCACCAACAUCUACGUCAAGAACAUCAGCCUCGAGGCUACUGACGAAGAGUUCCGGGACUUGUUUGCCAAGUACGGCGACGUUACCUCGUCGUCGCUUGCCCGCGACUCCGAGGGCAAGAGCCGCGGUUUCGGCUUCGUCAACUUCACCACCCAUGAGUGCGCCGCUAAGGCGGUUGAGGAACUCAACGGCAAGGAAUUCCGCGGCCAAGACCUCUACGUCGGUCGUGCUCAGAAGAAGCACGAGCGCGAGGAGGAGCUGCGGAAGUCGUAUGAGGCUGCUCGCCUUGAGAAAGCUAACAAAUACCAAGGCGUCAACCUGUACAUCAAGAACCUGGCGGAUGAUAUCGAUGACGACAAGCUGCGCCAGAUGUUUUCCGAGUAUGGCCCCAUCACCUCCGCCAAGGUCAUGCGCGAUGCGGUGACCGAGGGCUCCGCCGAGGAGGAGACAGAGGGCAAGGACAAGGAGAACAAGAAGGAGGGCGAGCAAGCGGCCGAGGCCGAGGGUGAGGCCGAGGGUGCCGAGAAGAAGACGGAGAAGAAGGGCGACCGCCGGCUGGGCAAGAGCAAGGGUUUCGGCUUCGUCUGCUUCAGCAACCCGGACGACGCCACCAAGGCCGUCGCCGAGAUGAACCAGCGCAUGAUCGAGGGCAAGCCGCUCUACGUCGCCCUCGCUCAGCGCAAGGACGUUCGCAAGAACCAGCUUGAGGCUAGCAUCCAGGCCCGCAACCAGCUGCGUAUGCAACAAGCUGCCGCUCAGGCCGGCCUCCCGCAGCAGUACAUGCAGACCCCCGUCUAUUACGCUCCUGGUCAGCAGCCGAACUUCAUGCCUCCCGGCGGCCGUGGCAUGCCGUUCCCCCAGGGCGGCCUCGGCAUGCCUGCUGUGCAGGGUGGCCGUCCGGGUCAGUUCCCCCCCUAUGCUCAGCAGGGCGGCCGUGGUGGCAUGCCUCCCCAGCAGCUACCGAUCUACCCGCUUGGCCAGUUCCCUCCCGGCGCCUACCCUCAGCCCAACAACCCGCAGUUCCUUGCUGCUAUCCAGCAGGUACAGCAGCAGGCCGCCGCUCUCGGUAACGGGCGUGGUGGUCCUGGUGGCCCAGGUGGUCGGGGUAUGCAGGGCAUGCCUGUUCCUCAGGGCAUGCCCGGUGGUCCUGGCAUGGCCGGUUUCCCUCCGAACGGCAGGCCCCAGAAUGGUAACAUGGGUGGUCGCGGCGGUCCUGGCCGUGGUGGCAACUUUGCCGCUGGCCGUGGAGCCCCCCCUGCCGGCCCUCUUGCUGCGGGUGGUGAGCUCAAUGCCAGCUCCCUCCUCCAGUCUCAGCUCACUGCUACCAACAACCCGCAGCAGCAGAAGCAGAUUCUGGGUGAGAACCUGUUCCCCAAGAUCCAGGCCCUUCAGCCGGACCUGGCUGGCAAGAUUACCGGUAUGCUCCUAGAGAUGGACAACGCUGAGCUCGUGAACCUGCUCGAGGAUGAGGCCGCUCUCGUCGCCAAGGUCAACGAGGCCAUGGCUGUCUACGAUGAGUACGUCAAAUCGCAGCAGGGCCCCGGCCAGGGCCCGGCCCCUACACAGGGCGAGGCGGAGGCUGAAAAGCCCAAAGAAGAGAAGGCUGAGGAGAAGGCUUAG